UAUGCAUACUGUCACAAUACUAUGUAACUUAAAACAUGAGCCGAUAAAUGGCCAAACAUUAUUACAAGACUAUUUAAUGAAAUGUAUUAUUUUAUGCAGAUCACCUUAAUGCAUAUAAACAGAUAAGGGUACAGAGUAGCGUUACUGUAAAACAUAUAGCGUUGUGAUAAUAUCAGCAAUAUGGUCAGAUCGUUCAUUGUAAAGAAAUGUUUUUAUAAUUCAUGCUAGUUUAGUAUUUACUGUCGUUUGAUGCUCCAGUGAACCAGAAAAUACCAAAACUUGUCUCAUCGAAUGCUUGAAUUCCGUUUCAAAUGAAGCAGACAUCAGCAGAAAUUUAAAUGACAGGCAGGCUCUAACCUUAUCGUUCUUUUGACAUGUUCAACUUUAAAGAAAGCUUAUCUUCACCAGAAAAAAGAAAGCAAUGUUAUUUAAAAGAAACUUGCUGUGAAACAGGGUGUUUUUUCUUAUCCCUGAAAUUGAUUCAAAUUGAGUUGAUUGAGAAGGAAUUGAGCGAACAAAGUGUUGAUUUUUUAAAAAUAGGCGGAAGCAAAACUAAUGCAUUAGCAUUAUUUUAUAUUUAAAGAUAACCCACUUACUGCGAUAAAAAAUAAGUCAUACACCCCGGCACGAAAGUCGUGAGCCUCGUGAGUAUCGUUUUUCUGCUUCAAUGCGAGAAAUCUGAUCUUUAGGAGAAAGACGAUGGAUGCAAAGCAUCUCUUUCUCUUUCGCUCUCUUUCUAUCUCUGUUUGUCAUGCUUUCCGUUUAAGACUGGGCUAUGGAGUUAAACAACCUAGAAUAAUAAUGCUUCCAUUGUCUGCCCAAUCCUGGUAUACAUCGUAGCAGCUGCGACGAUGAUGUCUUCUGGCGUGUAUCGUUAGUAGGCUUUGGAAGGCGUUCGCAUACGAGUAUUAGUCAGCAUCGAGUUUUAUGUGUCUGCAUGCGUAAGUGCACCGUUUCUCUGGUCGAGCCGACGAGUCGCUUCGAGCAGUUGCUUCGGCGAGGGCUUUGCCUUGAACCUUGCGAUCGGGUGAAUUCGUCGACCAGCUAUUGAACACAACGAAACGCCACCGUGUCGCUUAACAUUCGCUUUAAAUCACUCCUGCAUCUUGUACGCAAAACAUCGAUGGAGCACCCGAAUCAAGAGCCUACGAAGCAAAUGCAAGGCGAGUUCAUCGAAUGGAAGCCCUCCGAGCCGGGCGAGUGGCAGUUUUUAUUCUUCGAGGACCAGGAGCUCAAACUUUCUCUGGACUCAGAAGAGGAGGGACAGGAAGCGAUGCCAUACAGCAUGAAACAACCGCCCUAUCUGUUGAACGAUGUUUUGCGAUGCGCUUGCUGCCACCAGUGCCAAUUCCAGUGCUACGAGAACGAUCUGCUGCUGACCUGCCAGUCGCAUCCACGGUUGAUUUGCUGGAUGUGUGAAAAAGCGCCGGCCACACCGCCCAACACACUUCAAACGACGGCCGUGGCCGACUUUACGGAUUCAGAUAGCCUAACAGACACGAGCGAGCUUAUCGAAACGGACGACAACGGAGAAGAUUCACGGUUGAUAGAAGGGUAGUUUUUUUAAAAAUAAUUUUCAAGUUAUUCAAGAGCAACAGUUCGCACUACAUCUUCCUUUGAUGUGGCGCACCGUCGUCCUUAUUAGCUAAUAAUGGAUAUAUUUAUAUCUGUAUAUAAAAACAAAUUCAUAAUGUAUUAUAAUAAAUAAAAAACUUUU